AUGUCCCAAUUAGCCUCAUUACCAACCGAUCUUCUCUUAAUCGCCGAAUCCCUCCCUAACCAACAGGACCUUAGCGCAUUCGUCCAAACGAUACAAAGAACAUACAUAGUCCUCCAACUCUACCUAUACAAAAAUAACAUCAAGUACCAUGGCAGUAGCGCCCUCCUCUGGGCCGCCGAACACGGUGACACAACCCUUACCAAAAAGAUGCUCGACGCAGGUACCAGCAUACGCGCCUUCGACCCCUUCUCAGCCAACCCCAUCCCGCUCCCCCAUCGAGUUGACAACCCCCUCUCCCUCGCAUCUCGCGGCCAACGCAUAGAAACGCUCACCUGUCUACUCGCCGAGACAAGGCCGGGCCAAAAAUGGGUCCCGGGCCAGCUGCGCGCAACACUACAAGAAGGCGCAAUUCCAGCGCGAAGUGUCGAGGCUGUCAAGCUGUUACUUCGCUAUAAUGUACCCAUCGCCCCCACGGAGUACAUAAUAGGCUUUCAGUCCGCGAUUGGUGCAGCUGUUACCGCAAGCUGGGCUGAUAUUUUACCUUUCUUGCUGGAGGGUGGUGCUUGUAUGGACGAAAAUGAGAUACCUACUGCGCUUGAGAAUGCGGUUCGUAUGAAGCAGCCCGAGGUUGUGGAGAUAUUGCUUGGGGCUGGGGUGCGACUUGAGGAUGAUGAGAUGAUAUGUACUGUUGUGUUGCAGGGUAGUUUGAGAAUGUUGGAGGCGUUUGUUGAGGCCGGAUUUGAGGUUGAGAGGUGUUGGCAGCGGGCGCUGUUUGUGGCUGUUGUGCAUGGAAAGACUGAGAUGGUGGCGUGGUUGAUUGAGAAGGGAUCGAACCCGCAUUUAAGGACUGAUAUGUUAAUGAUAAAUAGGGACAAUCUGCGGUAUAGUACUAUUGGGUUUGCGGUUCACUUCGAGGGAGAGACAGGUUAUGUAACCCGGAUAUGA